AUGUAGACUGCUUCUAUAAACAUUUGUGAAAGACUGUACAGUAAGUCCAUCCCUGAAAUUUCUGUGAAUUUUCCUUGUUACUAAAUAUUCCAUGGUCAACUGUUACUGGUGUUAUAACAAAGUGGAAGCAACUGGGAACAGCAGCAAAUUAGCCACAAAGUGGUAGGCCACGUAAAAUGACAGAGCAGGGUCAGCGCAUGCUGAAGCACACAGUGCAGAGAAGUCACCAACUAUCUGCAAAGUCAAUAGUUAAAAACCUCCAAACUUCAUGUGGCCUUCAGAUUAGCACAAAAGCAGUCCAUAGAGAGUGUCAUGGAAUACAUUUCCAUGGCUGAGCAGCUGCAUCCAAG